UGCAUUUCGAUAUAAACCUCAGCAGUACAGCUGGUGAGUGGGAGGUGAGCAAUAACAAUAAAACAUGGGGAAGAUUGUAUUCUUUGAGGAUAAGAAUUUCCAAGGUGGUAGUUAUGAGUGCAGCAGUGACAGCCCAGACCUGCACUCCUUCUUCAGCCGCUGUAACUCUAUCAGGGUGGAGAGCGGCUGCUGGGUUCUGUACGAGCGCCCCAGCUAUGCAGGCUACCAGUACAUCCUGACCCCUGGGGAGUACCCUGACCACCAGCAGUGGAUGGGCUUCAACGACAGCAUCAGAUCCUGUCGAUCUAUCAAAAACGUCUAUGGAAAUUCCUACAAGAUCAGAUGCUAUGACAGGCCAGAUUUUGCUGGCCAUAUGGCAGAGUGGAGUGAGGACUGCCCAUUGGUCCACGAAGCAUUCAAGUUCCAUGAGUUCCACUCUGCUGUGGUGAUGGACGGUGCCUGGGCAUUCUACGAGCUGCCCAACUACAGGGGGCGCCAGUACUUCCUGGAGCGCAAAGAGUACCAUAACUUCACGGACUGGGGCGCCACCUCCCCUGUCGUGGGCUCCUUCCGCAGGAUCACAGAGUUCUAGAACCUUACAACCUCUAGAGUUCUAGAGCCCUACGAUGACCCCUUUCCCAGAAACCUCUCUGCAGUGCCUUAUGACACCCACCUCUGUGUGAGAGUGUUGCAGUCUAACAAAUAAAACUCUGUCUGAUUCCCACAUA